AUGAUAAAGGAAGAUUAAAUUAUUUAAGGAACAAAUAAUUCUUAUAAAAUUUUAGAAGUUGUUGGAAUUGGAAACAUUAGCAAAGUGUUUAAGGCUGUUAAUUUAUAAACUUGUGAAUAUGUUGCAAUAAAAGUUAUAAGCAAGAUUAGGUUAGGAGAUCAAAAUGAUAACCUAUACUACGAGAGAGAAAUUUUAAUAUUGAAGAAGCUCAUGAAAAAUGAAAACUAACAUUAAAAUAUAAUAAAAAUUUUUGAGAUUUUUGAAUCUAAUAACUGCUAGUUUGUUGUGUUUGAGUUGCUGACUGAUGGAAAUUUAAUAGAAUACUUAUUAAGUAAAGAUAUGAAUAUAGAUGAAAUAUAAGCUCUUAAUAUUAUGUACUAAGUCACUAAAGCAAUAUGUCAUUUGCAUAAACUAAAAAUAAUGCAUAGAGAUAUAAAACCAGAGAAUAUCCUUCUUAAAGUAGAUAGUUAACAUAUAACUGUUAAACUCAUAGAUUUUGGAGUAAGCUCUUAAAAUGAAAAUUCAAUAGCUGAUUCUAUGGUAGGAUCAAUAUCAUACAUUUCAAAAGAAGUAUUACUCCAUUAAAAGAUGUAUAAUGAAAAAUGUGAUGUAUGGAGCUUGGGGUGUUUGUUUCAUGAGCUAAUUACAGGAAACCAAUUAUUUUGUGGAGAAACUAUUAAAUAGAUAUACGAUCAAAUAAUGAGUUUUAGGUAAUACGAUUAAAAUUCUAAGUGGUCAUAUAUCAUCUCAAAAUGUUUAGAAGUUGACAUAGAAAAAAGAAUCUCUAGUAAAGAGUUACUAGAUCUAUUGCAAUCUGAGUAUAAUAAAUAUAAUAUCUAAAAAUAAAGCAUGACCUAAUCAAAUUAAUUGCAAGAAGUUACUCCAUAAUCAUGUUAUUCAUCUAGUAUUUCAACUAGAAAGGAUUUAAAGAUUUAAAAUAGAUAAAGCUUAAUAAUUUUGUUAGAAGAAAAAAAUUAAAAUGUUAAUAGUCAUAAAACGAAUGAUUACAAUGGUUGUUAUGAAAUGUAACCAAAUUAAGAAACUUUAUAAUUUUUUAAUUAUGAGCCAAGAAAAGACAUAUCUAUGUAAAAUUAAAAUACAAUAGUUGCAAUUGAGUUUCCAAUAAUUAGUUAAGAAUAAAAAAUUAAUGAAGAAAAAGAAGGUGAAGAAGAAGUAAAAGUAGAAGAAGAAAAAUAAGAGCAAGAAAAUGUAAAAAAUGAGAAUUUUUUAUGUACUAAUUAAUCAUAAAUUAAAAUUAUUGAUAGAAGCUAUGGCUCAAAAGAUUUAUGGAAUGAUCUUUGUAGUUUGACAAAUAAAUAUUUUUUUACUAAAAAAUUAAAAAAUAUUGAAUUUUUUUAUUAUCCAAAUACAACAGAGGGUAUUAGGUCCUUUUAGUAAAAUAAAUAUGUAGACUAAGAUGAUUUUUAUUAUUCCAUAUUUCAUUUAAUUAUUCUGAUUUAAUUUCUUAAAAUGUUCCAAAUAUCUAAUCAAUAAGUGAAAAAAAUAAUAAAAGAAGACUAAUUAUCUAGUUUAAAAAAAUUGAUUGUAAGUAUCUAUAAUUUAAAGGAAGAAAAGAACUUUAAUGAUAUUUCUAAAAAAGAUCUUUUUAGGCUUUUAAGCGGAUUAUCAGAGUUAGUUUAAGAAAAACCGUUAGAAUAUAUAAUAAUAAAUUAUUACUAAUUCUUAAAAUAUAAAAGUUUUUAAAGUACAAUGUAAAAAUUAGGAAAGUGCUUUUGUGAAAAUAAAACAGAACUCUAAAAUGUCUUUUCUAUUUCUAAUAUUUAAAAAAGCUUUGGUGAACAAAAAAUAUAAAAAAUAGAUGAAAUCAAUUACGAUUCUGAAAAGAAUAAAAAGUAUUAAAUCAUCCUAAACGAAUUUUAAUAUUCAAUUUUUCAAAAGCUAUAAAAAUAAAUAAAAUUUUAAGAUAUAUAAAUACAUCAAUAUAUUGAUUGA